AUGUUCUCAAGCAUUCCCACCACUUCAACACCCACACCCACUUCCACCAUUACAACCACUCCUACGCACACUCUCACCCUCACCAUCAUCAUCUUCACCGCCAUCAUCAUCACCUUCGCCUACACUUCCAGCAAGACAUUUCUAUGGACUAAGCAAACAACGGGUGUACAACGCGCACAGCGCAACACAACUCCACACACUACUGAACUAUUACCUAAACGUCACCAGUUAGUCGCAACGCCACCAUCACAUUAA